ACGUGACCCCGGAAGUGAAAACAUUCGGAAGUUUGGAUUUUCAGCUGCAGGUUGUUUCGGGGCAUGGCUGUGGACUGGGCUGGCUUCAGUUACUCUGCCCUGGUGUCAGUAGGAGGAAUCAUUGGUUAUGUGAGAGCAGGCAGCGUCACCUCUCUGGCUGCAGGGCUCCUGUUUGGUCUGUUGGCUGCGGUCGGUGCUUAUCUGGCAUCUCAGAAUCCCAGGAAUGUCUGGCUGUCACUAGGCACCUCUGGAACUCUGGCUGUAGUGAUGGGACUGAGAUUUCUCAACUCCUGGAAGUUCAUGCCGGCUGGUUUAAUGACUUUAGCCAGUGGACUGAUGCUGGCGAAGAUCAUAACUGGGAUGCUAAAGAGGCCGCACAAAUCUAAGUGAAAACACUUACAGGUAUCUUUUCUGUGUGUCUGUAAACACAUUAAAAAACACAUUAAAAACAUUCCCUGCUGCGUAGUGUUGUACUACAGUCAUCUGCAAAAGCAAUUAAAUUAAUUAAUUAAAAUGUGAUUUUAUAAGAAAAUGUACGUAGAUAAUGAAAAGGAAAAUUUCACUUUUCUGACAUUUGAAAACGUCUGUGAAAAUACACAGUGAUUGUUAAAGGAUUUGUCUAAAUGUAUCUAAUGAGAAGGAUUAUCUUUGUUCCACUGUAAGUAAAUCAUCAAAGCUGGUGAUUGUGCCUUGCUUAAACCUGUCGGUGUACUUUAAUAAGAAAAAUGUACAAUAAAACAUUCACUCAAAUACAAAAA